AUGGCGCUAGAGCGGCGGCGGGACGCGGCGGGCGGCGGGCCCGGGCGGCAGGCGCCCCCGGCCGAGGAGAACGGCUCGCUGCCGCCCGGGGACGCGGCGGCCUCGGCGGCGCUCGGGGGGCGCGCGGGCCCCGCCGGCGACCUGCAGCCGCUGCCCGCCCCGCACCCCGCGCCCCCGGGCUGCAGCGCGGCCGCGGCGCCCAGCCUCCUGCUGCUGGACUACGACGGCUCGGUGCUGCCGUUCCUGGGGGGCCUGGGCGGCGGCUACCAGAGGACCCUCGUGCUGCUCACCUGGAUCCCCGCGCUCUUCAUCGGCUUCAGCCAGUUCUCGGACUCCUUCCUGCUGGACCAGCCCAACUUCUGGUGCCGCGGGGCCGGCAAGGGCGCGGGGCCGGCGGGGGUCCCCGGCGCGGCCAACUGGACCGGGCCCGCGGCCUCGCCCCCCGCCCCCGCGCCCGCCCCGUGGGCGCCCCCGGGCAACGCGAGCCGCGGCGGGGCCGACGCGCCGCCCCUGCCGUCCCCCCCGGACAGGCCCGACAACGCCUCCCACUGCGACUGCCACGCGUGGGACUACGGCAUCCGCACCGGCCUCGUCCAAAACGUGGUGAGCAAGUGGGAUCUUGUGUGUGAUAAUGCCUGGAAGGUCCAUAUCGCUAAGUUCUCCUUACUGGUUGGAUUAAUCUUUGGCUACCUAAUAACUGGAUGCAUUGCCGACUGGGUCGGCCGGCGGCCUGUGCUGCUCUUCUCCAUCAUCUUCAUUCUGAUCUUUGGACUCACCGUGGCCCUGUCCGUGAACGUGACCAUGUUCAGCACCCUCAGGUUCUUCGAAGGGUUCUGUCUGGCUGGAAUAAUCCUCACCUUGUACGCACUACGAAUAGAGCUGUGCCCCCCUGGGAAACGGUUCAUGAUCACAAUGGUGGCGAGCUUCGUGGCCAUGGCGGGGCAGUUCCUCAUGCCGGGGCUGGCCGCCCUGUGCCGGGACUGGCAGGUCCUGCAGGCCCUCAUCAUCUGCCCCUUCCUGCUCAUGCUGCUCUAUUGGUCGAUAUUCCCCGAGUCCCUGCGGUGGCUGAUGGCCACCCAGCAGUUUGAGUCUGCGAAGAAGCUGAUCCUGCACUUCACGCAGAAGAACUGCAUGAACCCGGAGAGUGACAUCAAAGGUGUGAUGCCCGAGCUGGAGAAGGAGCUUUCCCGGAGGCCCAAGAAGGUCUGCAUCGUCAAAGUGGUGGGGACUCGGAACCUGUGGAAAAACAUCGUGGUCCUGUGUGUGAACUCGCUGACCGGCUACGGGAUUCACCACUGCUUUGCGAGGAGCAUGAUGGGCCACGAGGUGAAGGUGCCGCUCCUCGAGAACUUCUAUGCCGACUACUACACGGUGGCCAGCAUCGCCCUGGCGUCCUGCCUGGCCAUGUGCGUCGUGGUCAGGUUCCUGGGGCGCAGGGGCGGGCUGCUGCUCUUCAUGAUCCUCACCGCCCUGGCCUCGCUCCUGCAGCUCGGCCUCCUCAACCUGAUCGGGAAAUACAGCCAGCAUCCUGACUCAGAGUUGCAGCUGAAGUUGGCCGUAGGUAUGAGCGAUAGCGUCAAGGACAAAUUCUCCAUCGCGUUUUCCAUCGUGGGCAUGUUUGCCUCCCACGCCGUGGGAAGCCUGAGCGUGUUCUUCUGUGCGGAGAUCACCCCCACGGUAAUCAGGUGCGGCGGGCUGGGGCUGGUGCUGGCCAGCGCGGGCUUCGGCAUGCUGACGGCGCCCAUCAUCGACCUGCACAACCAGAAAGGCUACUUCCUGCACCACAUCAUCUUCGCCUGCUGCACGCUCAUCUGCAUCAUCUGCAUCCUCCUGCUGCCCGAGAGCAGGAACCAGAACCUGCCCGAGAACAUCUCCAAUGGGGAGCACUACACUCGGCAGCCGCUCCUGUCGCACAGGAAGGGGGAGCAGCCCCUCCUGCUCACCAACGCCGAGCUCAAGGACUACUCCGGCCUCCACGACGCGGCCACCGCAGGGGACGGGCUGCCCGAGAAUGCCACGGCCAACGGCAUGAAGUCCAUGUAGCUCUGGGCACAGGCGUCCCCGAAGGGGGUACUGUGGGCCGCCCGGCCCGGGGCGUUGGGGGCUGCCUGGGCGCAGGCCUACAGACCAGGGACCCGACGUAGGGCUGGGGGGCGGGGGGCAGGAGAACCCAGUUCUCUGCUGCUGCAGCCCUGCGGAUGCCAAGACUGUCAGCGGUGUGGGGAAAUUCUCUUUCCAAAACUCUAAGGAUCGUGUGUUGUGUUGGGGAAGCCAAUUCUUGGAAGAUAACCCUUCAGACUUUCUUUUCUGCCAUGAGAUGUUUGUAUUUAUUUUGGUCAUUUUUACGAGAAGCACUUUAUUCCCUUUCCUCUAACUGAUCUCAAAACAGAACCACCUCCUUCAGAAGCGGGUCGCGGCUGCGAGGAGGACGCUGUGGGACAGCGGCGGCCCCGAAGGUCACAGCCACGGAGGUGGCACCGCGCAGGGACCGGGCCCUGCUCUGGGCCCCACCUGCCAGCGGCGCUCAGACCUGUCCCCGUGACCGCCUUGCAGACAGAGUGAAAUGUAAUCGAUUGGGUUUUUGCGAGGGAGUCUGUGUCUGGUUUUUAAAGGGGUUUCUGUGUGCGUGUCUGUGAGGGGAGCGCUUGUGCUCCGCGCUGGGGGAAAGCAGCUCCCAAAUACCAUUAAAACCAGCUCCGUCUUCUCCUU